ACCGGUCGCGAUUUAAGCCGCUUGAGAAGCGACAAAACCGGCUAUAUUUGAUCGCUAACGAUAUUACACUAAACAAGGAGUAUACGAGAACGUUUUCCGAGUGUUCCAGCGACGAACGACGGCCGAAAUUUCGUAUAUUGCACAAGGAAAUCGAGCGAUGUUUGUCGCUCUAAUUUUGUUCUAUAUAUUGGCUGCAUACAAUCAGGCCAACGGCACAUGCGCAGACCACACCCUAUAUUCGGCGAACGGCUCAGCUCACAGCGACUGACUGCUUGCGAGCUUCAACUAGCCUCAACACAAAGUUUUUACUCAAAACUACGACGGGGGCGUUCUCCGUUUUUGCUGCUCGCACUUUUAGUGCGAUGGGGUGUUUUGGGCCAGGACAUACAGAGCAAGAAAGGGAAGAGCAUAAACGACAGAAACAUAAUAGCAAGGAAAUCGAAAAACAGUUGAAAAAGGAUAAAUUAACAUUUCGUGCCACACAUCGACUCCUUUUGCUUGGUGCUGGCGAAUCGGGCAAGAGUACAAUUGUAAAACAGAUGAGAAUUCUUCACGUCAAUGGCUUCGAUGAUCUCGAAAAGAAGCAGAAAGUUGAAGAUAUCAAGCGAAAUAUACGCGAUGCAAUAUUGACGAUUACAGGGGCUAUGAGCACCCUAACGCCGCCGGUCAAGAUAGGAGAUCCGAAUAAUCAAAGUCGAAUUGACUACAUACACGAAGUGGCCACAGCACCCGAUUUUGAUUACCCACCGGAUUUUUUCGAUGGUACGAUCAUUUUAUGGAAGGAUAGCGGGGUUCAAGAGUGCUUUGAACGAUCCAACGAAUACCAACUCAUAGAUUGUGCACAGUAUUUUUUAGACAGAGUAGAAUUAGUACGACAACCGUCAUACAUGCCUUCAGACCAGGACCUGCUAAGAUGUCGUGUUCUGACGUCUGGUAUAGUCGAAACGAAGUUUCAAGUCGAUAAAGUUAAUUUUCAUAUGUUCGAUGUAGGAGGACAAAGGGACGAAAGAAGAAAGUGGAUUCAAUGUUUUAAUGAUGUCACGGCGAUUAUUUAUGUGGUGGCGUGCAGUAGUUACAAUCUCGUAUUGAGAGAAGACCCAAGUCAGAAUCGAUUAAGAGAAUCAUUGGAUCUUUUCAAAAGUAUUUGGAAUAACAGAUGGUUAAAAACAAUUUCAGUUAUCCUAUUUUUAAACAAGCAAGAUCUGUUACGUGAUAAAGUACGGGCAGGCAAAUCAAAAAUUGAAGAUUAUUUUCCAGAUUUCGCUAGAUACAGGACACCACCUGAUGCAACGUCCGAACCAGAUGAUGACGAGCAGGUUACAAGAGCGAAAUAUUUUAUCCGAGACGAAUUUCUACGGAUCAGUACGGCAAACGGUGACGGUAAACAUUACUGCUAUCCUCAUUUCACGUGUGCUGUGGAUACGGAAAACAUCAGAAGAGUAUUUAAUGACUGCCGUGACAUUAUACAAAGAAUGCAUCUCCGUCAAUACGAACUACUCUGACUUGAGGUGACCAUAGGAGAUUUAGUACACAAUGGCUUGCAGCUGAACUGCUAAAUUUAACUGCUGCAGUCAAAACGUAGACUAAAUCUCCGUAUAUUUGGACCCCGUGUGAAUAAGUAAAUAUAAUUAUUAGAUUUAUAUAAUAACGCUCAUCUGCGACCCUUUAUUUGCUGACGAGCUCUUCAACGGUUGAAAAUUUCCUCGUCGUCAUCGUGGUUGAUCAGACCGACCCCCGUCCGUUGCAUAUUGUAAUUUGAUCGGAUCAUCAAUUUGCGCAUGCGCUUUGUACAAAGUCUACUGACCUGUAGUAUCGCGGUGACCAUUUCGCUCGCCGUGGCGAAUUGGUCAGCCGAUGUAGUAAGGCCAGUUUUCGGAAGUGCAGGAACCAUUCUACAAACACUACCCCAGGAAUGAGAUACUUCAGCGCCCCCCCCCCCCUUUCCGUAGUAACGUAUUAACGGACCAAAUAAUAAUUUGAGUGAGAUUGUUUGAGAUAACUCCGCAUGCAUGUGUAAAUAUUUUCAGUUUGCGAAAGGUUAGAAUGGAACAUCCUUUUCAUUGGAUAAUUCUAAUGCUUCGUUCUUUAGUUCUAUUCCUUCGUUAAACGAGACCAAUUUAUAACACUCAACGUAUUAGGUAUUUGAUAUUUCGAUAAUAACCAAUCAGUUCUCUGUGAUUGUUCUAGAGAUGGUAAAUAACCGAUGAUAAUAAUUCUCUAUUACCCAGGGUUUCUUUCGUUUUCUUUUGUAUAAGAAUAUUUUUUACCCAACCUCGAGUUGCAUUUCAAUAUCAAUUUUCGACAAUAAUUUGAGUGUAGGUUAGCUGGAAAGUUGUCGAAGCAACAAUUUUUCUCAUAUGUACAAAUCAAAUUAUUAUUCGUAAAAUUUCCGUAUUCUUGCAUUAAGUUUAUCAAUAUUUUUGCCGCAAAGCUUCAGUCUUCUUUAUUCGACCUCUGACUAGGUUAAUAAAUAAGCUGUGUGUUUCAAGCACUGACCUCUGCCAUUGACUGGACGAAAUUGCCGCUGGGGAUUCGCCCAAUUUUAGUAAAAAGAUAUUUCCAGAAAGCAAAAACGUGAACCUGAUGGACAUGUGGGUUAAUCGAUGCAAAAGUUUUGUUACUUUUACGUGUAAAUUAAUCCAGUCCUUGGGAGGUCAGUGUCUUCCAGUGGAACGUGAACUGUGUUCGGUUCCUGCACUUCCUCAGAUCAUUGUCAUGAAAUCAAGGGUUAAUCCCACAAUUCCAAGAUGCUGGUUCAUCUCAACGAGAGCUUAGUUGGUGUCCUGGCUCACGCAUGUAGAGACUUUAAGCGAUGAAACUUUAGUGAGACAAAAAUGUCGAGAGCAGUUCGACUACAGAGCGGGAAGGCGUUAAUGAAUGAUGCACUGUUGACCAAUUUGUAAAUUCCCCUAACUGCUCACCAGAUGUAAUAGUGUAAGUGUACGAUAGUGAAAAGAAAUGAGAAUACUGUAUUUGAUCAACGUAGCUCGAAUUCGCUUAAGUAGGUAAAUUCUAGUAAAAUAUCAGUAGCAAAACCUGAA